AUGAGCGCCUCCGCGGCGGUCGCCCGCCGCUCCAUAGCCAUGAACCCGUUCAUGGCAAGCGGCCGUGCACUCCCUCGAUCGGUCCUCAGAGCCUCCCAGGCGCACCUCGGAAGACACUCCCGCAACCUCGCUCUGCAGAACUCGGCCAUCGCCCUAUUCAUUCCCCUGCGAAGCCUGUCCACCGAGACCCACGCCGGCAGGGGCAUCCCCUCAGGCCCGCCACCCGGAUUCGACCCCAAGAAGGCUAAGAACCCUCUUCCACGGGCCGACAACCAGACUCCGACAGCCAAGGGAGAGGCCAAGGCCAAGGCUUCAGAUGCCGCAGAGACGCAAAGAAAGGGCGUCCCCACCGUGAGCGUAAAGGGAGCCGCCGCCGAGACCACGUCACUUUCCAAGCUAGCGACCGAAAAGUCCCUGGAGAUGGAGAAGAAGGACGAGCCCAAAAAGGAGGAGAAGAAGCUGUCGCUGGGCCAAAAGAUCAAGAAGGAGGUGAUGCACUACUGGGACGGCACCAAGCUGCUGGCGACCGAGGUCAAGAUCAGCAGCCGCCUGGCCUUCAAGAUGGCGGCCGGGUACGAGCUCACACGCCGCGAGAGCCGGCAGCUGCAGCGCACAGUGCAGGACCUCGGGCGUCUGGUGCCCUUCUCCAUGUUCGUCAUCGUGCCCUUCGCCGAGCUGCUGCUGCCCGUGGCGCUCAAGCUGUUCCCCAACAUGCUGCCCAGUACAUAUGAGGGCCAGAAGUCGAAGGACAAGAAGGCGACCAUGUUGCGGGUCACGCGUGCCGAGGUUAGCGAGUUCCUGCGCCAGACGCUCAAGGAGACGGGCCUGCCCGUGACGGCGGCCACGGCGCAGCGCGAGGAGUUCGCAAACUUCUUCCGCAAGCUCCGGGCCACGGCCGAGAAGCCGACGGCCGAGGACGUCAUCAGGGUGUGCAAGAUCUUCCGCGACGACCUGACGCUCGACAACCUGUCGCGCCCGCAGCUGGUGUCCAUGUGCCGGUACCUGAACCUCAACACGUUUGGCACCGACAUGAUGCUCCGCUACCAGAUCCGCCACCGCAUGCGCCAGAUCAAGCGCGACGACCGGUCCAUCUCGUUCGAGGGCGUCGACAGCCUGACCACGUCGGAGCUGCAGGUGGCGUGCGCCAGCCGCGGCAUCAAGACGUUUGGCGUGUCGCCGGCCCGCAUGCGCGAGGACCUGCAGACGUGGCUGGAUCUGCGGCUGCGCGACGGCGUCCCGUCGACGCUCCUGGUGCUGAGCAGCGCCUACUCGUACGCCCAGGCGGCCGCGGGCGAGGGCGAGGCCAGCGGCCAGAUCGACGCGCUGACGGGCGUGCUCUCGUCCAUCCCCGAGGAGCUCUACCACGAGAUCGAGCUGGAGGUGCACAACGCCGAGGGGGCGGCCACCAACAAGCAGCGGCUCGAGGUGCUCAAGGAGCAGCAGGAGCUGAUCGAGGAGGAGAACGAGCAGAACCAGGAGAACGCCGAGACGGGCCUGGCCACCCCGCGCGACGUCGAGAACAUUGACGAGAAGGAGGAGCGCGAGAUGGAGGCCGCCAGGCAGGCCGCCACCAAGACCCUGGACGGUGUCGAGAAGGCCCAGGUCGGCGACAUGGUCGAGGCUGAGAAGGCGCCCGAGGUCAAGAAGAGCGACAACUAA